AUGUUAAUGCUACGACAUAUUACGCGCUCCCAUGCCGCGUUGACAAGAACAUCGUUCGCAUAUCGGUCCCAGCAGGCUGGCCCGGUACUGCGAAAGACAAGGUUGUGCCAGCCAUCGGUGGCGCGCGCUCUGAGUGGUCAAUCCGGCCCCCCAACUCCUGGCAACGAUACGCCAAAUCCAAUUGAUGAUGCCGUAGAGCAGGCCGAAGAGGAGCAGGAAGAAGAGAAGCGCGAGGCGAAGAAGGCAGCAUGGAAAAGCACGGCGUGGAAAAUGUUUGAAGCUGCUGCCACCACAGGAGCCAGCAUCUUCAUCCUAGGAUGUGUCGGCAUUGGCUAUACUAAGUACUACAAAUGGAAUGUUCUUGAAAAGAUGGAGAAUGCUUUUCGGGAAGGCGAUCCAGUAUUAGAACUUGCAGCAACAGGAAAGGAGAUCCCCAAGGAGAGAGCAGGUGAACCUACGCGACUAGCAGUCACAAAAGACAUGGACGGUGAUGACAAGGACUAUGAUCGCUGGAUCCCACGUGAUGAGCAAGAGAAGAUUGAUAAAAUCGUCUGGGGUGAGACAAAAGGACGCUACCACCUGCUCCUCGGCGAGAAGGGCACGGGGAAGACAUCUAUGCUCAUCGAUGCCAUGGAUAAGAUCAAUGGUGAAGGAUGUUCGAUGAUGGAGGCCCAUGCAGAUUUGGAAGUCUUUCGUGUCCGACUAGGCCGAUGUCUCGAUUUCGAGUAUCAUGAAGACAACAUCGGGUCACUGUUCUCUAUUCGUGGACCUCGCGACGCAGGCGCCAUCUUGGACAUUGAGCGAGCGUUCAACAAACUAGAAAAGGUGGCUUUGAGACGCCGUGCGAAAGUCGGAAGACCGCUGAUCCUCAUUAUCAAUUCUGCACAUCUCAUCCGCGACAACGAGGAUGGUCGGGACCUCCUCGAGCUUAUCCAGCAGCGCGCUGAGCAAUGGGCAGCCGCCAACCUCGCGACUGUCAUUAUCAACUCAGACAAGUACUGGGUGUUUGAAAGACUAAAGCAAUACGCGACGCGUAUGGAAGUCCAUCAAAUCAAGGAUCUGACCAAAGACCGCGCCAUGCAAGCUCUAAGAAACUAUCGAAUGAAGUACUACGGCGAGACGGUGCGAGAUUCUAUUCUGGAAGAAGUAUACGACAAAGUUGGCGGCCGUCUGACCUUCCUCAACCGUGUAGCCAAGUCAGAAGACAUGAUUGCGAAAUGCAAUACCAUCUGCGAAAUGGAAAAGAUCUGGUUUUUAAACAACUGCGCGAUCUUAGGUGAAGAAAUGGACGACGACGUCAUGGACCAGCAGAAAUACGCGGUAUGCAAACAUAGAUUCCUCUUACCCCUUUUACGUUACCUCCACUCGCGCGAGUCGCGAGAUUAA